AGGGAUCAUUUUAAAGCAAAAAAUGCACAAUAGUGAGCUCAAAAUAUUUCUUCUGUCUGAUAGAUUGACGUUCUAUGUAAAUGGAAGGGGUCAGUUUCAUUUGUUCAUCAACAACGAUCACAAGGGUGCCAUACUGACUGGAUUGCCCGUUAAAGAGCAGCUAUGGAUCAUCCUGGAUCUUUAUGGCAUCACUGUUUCAGUCAAAUUUGUGGCACACUCCGGUUCUGUCCCAACAGAAGUGAUAGCAAGAGGUCCCAACGCUGUGCAAGCUUAUCAGCAUGCAUUAUCUUACGGCAGCACACCUUAUUACCACACAAGAAUAGCCAUGAUUGGUCCCCCAGACGGAAAAAAAGCUCUCCUCAAGAAGUUGCUCCUCAAGUCAGGUGAUGCAUCUGAGAAAGACUGUGAUGGGAUUGAUACAACUUGUUACUGCCAGACGUCCGAGAGGUCAGUUUCAGAACCCUGGACACCUUUGAAAGUUUGCAACAGAUUCUCUCUCAAAGAUUCUCUCAACAACAACAACAGCAGCUCUGAUAACGAAGACGAUGAAGUGAUAGACACGAGCAAUGAAAACGAAGACGAAAACGUUUUGUAUGGAGAUGAAGAAUACUUCAAAGCAAUAGCCGUGAAUAUCGUGAGAGAGAUGGUUUUGCAGAAGAAGAAAGAAGAGAGAAAAAAGACAGCAAACAAGAAGUUUCGUUUGCAAUCGAGCCUCUCGAAAAUCGGAUCCUCAAAGCCGAAGACCGAAGAUGUUCUACAGACAUUUAAAGAAUCCAUGAAUGAAAUCCUUCCUGAAGAAUUGCCCUCGAGAAUUGUGGAAUUAGUGGAGAAGCUAUUGAAAGAAUCAGAUCCCAAAACAGUGAGUGAAACUAAGAAAGUCCAACAAUCAACCGACAUAACAUUCAACAUCUGGGACUACGGAGGAUACGCUAAAAAUCUUCUACUGCAUCAAAUGUUCCUCUCGCCACAAACUGUUUACAUAUUCGUCUUUGAUUUGUCUCAAGAUUUAGAUUCACCCAUCUUCAUUGGAGAAAAUCUUGAAUUCGAGUUUUCUGAAGCGGUCUCUUACUUAUCCCUGUUACACAUAUGGUUGGAAAUGAUCUACGUCUCCAUCGCUUAUCCGAAGGAUGAUCAGCGUCACAAGAAUCAGCAGGACGUGAAUGACAUCGUCUGCACUCUUUUUCCACCCGUCCUCAUUGUGGGUGUCCAAGAAGAUUCAACCACUUUUGAUUCAGCGGUUGAGCAUCAGUUUAACAAGAUCAAAGAGAGUAUACAAGAUAAAGUGUUCUACCACUUAGUGUGUCCGACAUUUUACUACGUUGGUUCUCCUGAAACGUUGGCUGUGGACAGCAUGAUUGGUGAACUCCGUGAGAAAAUCUUGGAGAUGGCUCGUCUGCUGCCUUACUUCGGUACUGAAAUCCCACUCAAGUGGAUGCUCUUCGAACAGGCAGUGGACAGACUGGUCGAACGAGAGGUCUACUUCGCUGAUAUGUGCAAGCUUUCAGAGGUGGCAAGACUUGAGGGUAUAGAGUGUGAAGAAGAAUUCGUCUCCCUCAUCCACUUCUACCACCACCGGGGAAAAGUAUGGCACAUGCCCUCAGAGAGAUUUCAGAAGAACGACAACAAUUGCACCGUCGUCAUUCUAAAGCCUCAAUGGUUCAUAGACCACAUUUAUAAGCUCCUCAACGAGGAUGCUCCCAAAUUAAUCAAGGAAAACCCUGAUGAGGGUAUCCUGAUGACCAAGAGCUUCAAUGCCAAUUGCUCAUUCUUUCACCAUGGGGCCAUUCUACUGGACAUUCUGGAUAGCAUGGAUAUUUUAUACUCUCUAUUGGACGAGGAUUCGGAAGAGAUCCAAGAAGAAGCGAGCACAUUAAAAUUCUCGAUUCCAUGGAUUUCGCAGAAUGACGUCAUCCAAGGAGAUAAUUUCAGCUUCGACUGCAUGACUCUGAUUCUCGAUUUCAAUGGUUUACUUCCAGUUGGAUUUUUCACGAAGCUUUUAGUUCGAUUGUUCCGUUGGUCCUCUCGACAUGAAUGGAAGAGAAGAAAGAAUUUAGAAGUUCCAGUUGAUUACAAUCACAGUAUUAAAUUACAAAAAAUAUACGGACACAGAAUACAAGUUGCCAUUUGUCAAAGAAAUUGUUUAAAAACAGACGAUGAAAUGAAGCAUUCCUAUCCCUCGCCGCACAUAUGCUCAAAGGUUCGUCACUUAUUGGAAAGGGAGACAGAGUACCUGAGAGAUGUCUGUUACAAGAGACUCUCUUAUUCCAUCAACAUUCCGUGUCCGUGUGCCAAAACAUGCCAACGGCACGAUAUAGUGAAAUGCACUCAUUUCCACUGCAUGCAUCUACUCACGCUCAACGAAUGCCUCGCCAAGAAAGUAAUAGAAUGCGAUUUCCGUUUGAUAAGAACAGAUUUUAUCCAGAAAUAUUUCUUCAGUGCCUCCAUAAAAGAUGAAUAUUCAAAGUGUUCAGAAAGUAUCCAAUUGGACUGCAUAUCUAAUCCAGAUCUGUGGAAUGACCCACUGAAGGAGGAUUCGUCAUGGUUGACGCAGGUUGGGAAGAUGCUUACAUGUGCCAACACUGGACAUGACUGGAUUGCCUUAGCCAGGAGAUUGAGUUACAAUGAGCGAGAGAUCAAAAGAUUUGGAGAAGAAGCCAUCCCACCUGUCAGCCUCUUAGAACAUUGGAUAAACAGCAAUGGCAGAACGAGAUAUUGCGUCGAUUUGUUGGUCAGUUGCUUGGAGCAAAUAGACAGAAUAGAUGUCGCCAAUUACAUAACACUUGAACUUGGACAGCAAGAGACCCCCUCCCCUCCUGUAUUCAUAAGUUAUCACUGGGAUUCCCAAGAGGCUGUUUUACAACUUCGACACAGGAUUGAGCUUGCUGGCUACACUUGCUGGAUGGACGUCGGUCACUUGAUGGCCGGAGAUGCACUCUAUGGGAAGAUAUACGAGGGCAUCAAUAAAUCUAAAGUUAUUCUUUGCUGCCUGACCCCUCGCUAUAUUCUUUCCCCUCUUUGCACAAGAGAGAUGAGCUUAGCUGACGUUCUAAGGAAACCAAUAGUGCCCAUCAUACUGGAACCUACACCUUGGCCACCACCUGGAGCUUUGGCCCUCAUUCUUAGCUCUUUAGUUUAUGUUGAUUUGUGUGGUAUUGGAGGACAUGGUGGAAGCGGUAGACAGGCUGACUGGGAAUCCCGAUUUUCUUCCAUCAUCGAGAGGUUGACUCACUUUAUCACGCCUUCUUUCGUCUCACCCCCACUCUCUAACAUGCCCUCUGAAAGACACGUCCCAUCACCCAUCCUCAUCAGGAGUCCCGAAGAGUUUUUGGACGCCCUAGAUCCUUCUUCGGACGAACAGGAAACAAUAGCCGAAGAAGAUUCUGCCUCGGAGUCUGGUUCGAUUCCGGAACCGACAACCUCAAGAAAUCGAGUUAUAAGAUGUUCGGUCUGUGUUCUGAUUUAGUAGAUGAAAAACACUUUUGCUCAACUCCAUACCGAGAACGAACUGUUUAUUACCACGACAACCACUUGUUGUUUAUAACUGAUGAUUUUAUAUGGCUCUUCACGUAUACACACAAACAUAUAUAU